CCCACCAGGUGUCGUCAACCAGCUAACAGCAGCUCUGUGAGGGGCAGCUUCGACAACGGUUCACCAAACCAACCGCAUUGCUGCCAUGCUUCUCCUGGACUAUCAAAACGUUUUAAUCCAAUCGGUUCUCACCGAGCGGUUCUCGGGAGCCCCGCCUGCUUCCGUUGACCAGACCAUCUCCGACUUUGACGGCGUCACUUUCCAUAUUUCCAACCUUCCCGACACUAAGACAAAGAUUCUUCUCUCUCUUCAAAUAAGAUGCUUCCAGGAUCUUGUCCGCUACGGCGCCCAGCAGGUCCUGCAGCGUGAAUAUGGCGACUAUGCCUGCGAGGUCGAGCCCGGAUACGACUUCUCGGUUUUGAUUGAUCUGGAGAACCUGCCUGCUAGCAAAGAGGAACGAGACGCCUUGGCACUCAAGUUCGCCCUCCUCAAGCGCAAUGCCAUGGCCGCGCCGUUCGAGCAAGCAUACGAAGAACACUACAAGCUGAAGGAAGAGGCUUCCAAAUUCACAACAGAGGAGGCGCCUCAAGAUCUCAAGGACGGUGGCGAAGUCAAGGCCAUCCAUUACCGUGAGGAGGAGGCCAUCUACGUCAAGGCUUGCCACGACCAAGUCAUCGUUAUUUUCAGCACAGUCUUCCGCGAGGAAACAGAUAGAGUAUACGGAAAGGUGUUCAUCCAAGAGUUCGUAGACGCCCGCCGACGAGCUAUCCAGAAUGCUCCCCACGUUCUCUUCCGCACCGACCCUCCUCUGGAGCUCCAGGGUGUUCCUGGAGUCAAGAAUACUUCCGGUGGCGAGAUUGGCUAUGUCACAUUUGUCCUUUUCCCCCGUCAUCUCACCCCCCAGCGCAUGGAACACGUCAUCUCUCACAUCCAGACGUUCCGCGACUACUUCCACUACCACAUUAAGGCCUCAAAAGCAUACAUCCACUCGCGUAUGAGAAAGCGAACGGCAGACUUCCUCCAGGUCUUGCGCCGUGCUCGCCCCGAGAACGAGGAGAAGGAACGCAAGACUGCCAGCGGCAGGUCAUUCAAGGUGCAGGUAUAGAGCCAGAACAUGUACGAGCGUCUAAUUGCUUAACUAUGACAUACAAUACAUUUGAAUUUUUACAUGCUUUGUUUUUGGUAAAGGUACAGUGUCUUAUUUUUUUCUAUUUGGUAGCAGUUGCUACAUAGAGGGACAAUAAAGGUCAUAAAAUCAACAUGGGGAAUAUCCGUUCUUCCAGCUAGUCACUACAAUACCUGUCUCCAUCUUCUUCUACUAUUUCUUCUUUCCACUCUCCGCCCAGGCAUCUUCGAACAGCGUCGGCUUUUGCUUGAGAUCUCGUGGAGCAAUAGCUAGUCGGCGCACCACUUGGAAUGCGCCGGUCCCUACUGUCAUCGCCUGGCCCAUGAUAAUACCUUCACUGACACCCUCAAUCUUGUCUGUCUUCAUGCCAGCUGCGGCUUCGAACAAAUGAUCAGGCGUUUUCUCAAACGAUGCAAGAUGCAGCACACUGUCUCGCAUCUUGGACAGACCAAAACGGGUGAUACCAAGAAUUUCACCCUUGAAAGUCAUUGCAUCAGCAAGAACUUGCAUAUGACGGUGAUCAAUGUCCAUGAACUUCAUGACUUCUUCGAUUUCAAAUGCAAUUGUUGUUCGUGCAGCUUCAAUUCCCAAAACAUCGUUACACUCUGUAACGCUGUUAGUCCUUGUCUGCGUGCCAACGACGCCUUCAGUGGUCAUGCAUGCGCGGAGGCCGUAGCCUUCGACCAAGACUCUGUGCGUUUCGUCAUCACAGGUCUCAAUCAGAGCUCUGGUCGCUUCAGGAUAACCAGAGAUAGCUAAUGCAGGGAGUUGGCGACGGAUUGCGUUGGCUCUGAUUAACAUAUCUCCAGUAUCAUCACCUGCUUUGCUGCGAGAGGCAGUCUUCUUCACGAUACUGCUGGCGUCGCGCACGCGAAUGGUGAUUCUAUCAUCGAAGAUGGUAAUGUCUCCCGGUUGCAGCUUAAGCUUCCUAUCUUUGCAGAUAGUUCGGGCGAUAUCUUCAACUCCAACACCUAGAUGCAUGUCUGACAGAGCUUGGCGAUCAAUCUGGACCACGACGUUGCCUUCGUCAGCUCGCCACUCAUCUUCAAUGAAGCGGAGCACGUCGGAUAAGAAGAUCUUUUCAAUUCGAGCUUUGACAACCCUGGCUGCUUCGAUCGCCUUGUUGUUAAGCAGCGGGCAAGUGAUGACAGGCGUUGAAAUCAACUUGGAGGCGUUGAUGAUUUCUUUAAUACGCGGCACACCCUGUGUAAUACUCAUACCAGCGACACCAGCAAAAUGGAAAGUCUUCAACGUCAUCUGCGUUCCUGGUUCACCAAUAGACUGCGCGGCGACGGCACCAACCGCAUGGCCGGGUUCGACAUGAGCCUUCUUAUACUUUUCCAAGCAUAGCUCAAUAAACAUCUUCAAGGUACUGGCAGUGAUUUUUCCAGUUCUCUCCGCAUGCGCUUGGGCAGUAGCAUUGGUAGGUUUGCCAUUUUUAAAUCCAGCAUGCUUCAUUACAUCCGUAAGCUUUGAGGCGAGCUGGUCAACAAAGGCUCCAAUGUCGUUAAAGAAGUUUCUUGUGCCUUCAUACUCGUCCACUCCGUAAUCACUCGUAUCAUUGUAAUCGAGAAGCUCAUCGUAGAGCAGGCCCUUGCGGGGAAACUUCUUGCGCUCCUUGUCCAGGAGUGAUUGACAGAGUUCUCGCGCCGCGCAUGGCGUGAGAGUAGGCUCUGAAUUAUCGUUUGUUAAACCAUCUGCGUGACUCCAAGUUCGGGAAAAUUGCACGGGGACACCAGAGCCUUCCAUGUCAACAGGAUCUAGACGAUCACCGCCAAACUGGAACUGAACGACCGCACCAGCUGAUGUUCGUACCGUGUCAUCAUACUGAGUGGACAAAUCUUCCAGAGACUUCAUGAGACGACGUGACAUAUAACCAGUUUCAGCAGUCUUGACAGCAGUAUCAACCAGACCUUCUCUGCCAGAGAUGGCGUGGAAAAGGAACUCUGUGGGCACCAAGCCGGUGUAGAAACUGUUCUUCACGAAACCCUUGGAGGGGGGUUGACGAGCAUUCUUGAAGAAAUGGGGCAAACUUCUGUCCUGGAAACCAUCAGGCACACGCUGACCACCGAUAAUUUGCUGACCGACUAGGGCAACCAUCUGGGCGACGUUAAUGUCGGAACCCUUGGAUCCGGAUUUGGCCAUGAUCAAGGGAGCGUUGUUCUUGCUGAGCGUAUCAAUACAGUAGUCACCAGCUUGCUGUCUGACCUUACUGAGGAUACCAGAAAUGGAGUUCUCCAGCGUCUGUUCCAUGGUACAACCAGGCGCUUUCUCCAACUUGCCCUGCUUAAACUUCUCAAUGAGGCUGUCACACUGUUUGUAAGCAGUAGAGACGAGUUUCUCGGUUUCAGCUGUAAGACUGCUAGUCGGGCACACAUCUCCAACACCAAUUGAGAAACCUCUAUUCGUCAGAUAUCUGGCACAAAGCUUUGCCAGUCUAUUCAUAGCAACUGCGGCCUCAUUGGGGCCAUAAUCACGUAGAAUAACGUAGAAUAUCGAGUCCUUCUUUCCUGUACCGACAGUUGAUUUGUCCAUGACACCGCACAUGACUUCAGAAUUUCUCACUACCAACCAACCAUCAUUGGGGUCCAUAUCGGGGCAGUUGCGAGACUUGGAUGAGAACGUCUUGCACUUGGCUUCGACAUUGACCAUGAUAGGGCAGUCUUUGUUGGGCUUCAUCAUAAUGUUGAACAGCUGUUUUCCGGUCCACAGAGCCAUUGGCUUAAUAAUUGUUGGCGGUGGGAGCUCGAGGUACGUUUCCGUGCCGAGCAUGUGCAUGCACAUGUAUGUAAAGGUCUUUCGAUCAAAGAACCGCUCCUUGUUACUAAGUAAAAAGGCAGCGGUGAUGAAAUCUUGUGUGGCACCAAUAAUAGGGGCACCGUUCUUUGGGGUGCUCAGGUUGUGUUUAACUCCCAUGAGAGUCAUGGCUUCUGUGCGGGCCUCCUCUGUCUGAGGAACGUGAAGGUUCAUCUCAUCACCGUCAAAAUCAGCGUUGUAAGGAUUGCAAACACAUUCGUUUAGUCUGAAGGUUCUCCAAGGGCGAAUCUUGGCAAGAUGGCUCAUAAUACUGAGUUUGUGAAGCGAAGGCUGUCGGUUGAACAACACAAUAUCGCCAUCUUCAAGAUGACGCUCGACAACGUCACCAUAUCUGAGCUCUCGAGCCGCCAGAUUUUUAUUGGCAAACUUGAGCGAGAUUUUAUAGCCUCCAUCGUCAGAUUUAAUGAUAUGCUGAGCGCCGGGCCACACAUCAGGACCAUUCUUAAUGCACUGGCGCAGCUUUUCGAUGUUGUGACGCUGGGCUCUCUCAGGGUAGGUCAAAUUCUUAGCGACAAGCUGGGGCACAGCAACUUCAUCAAUUCCCAAGUUGGGAUCUGGUGAAAUAACGGUACGGCCAGAGAAAUCGACACGCUUGCCAGAGAGGUUACCACGGAAUCGGCCCUGUUUACCCUUAAGGCGUUGGCAAAAGCCACGUACGGCUUUACCAAAUCCGGGUUGUUGCAGACCUGGGACAUCACUAUUGAUGUACAUUGCAAUUUGAGUCUGGAGAUACUCCCACUGUUCCAUGAUGGUCUGAAUGGCAGAUCCCUUUUGCAGGGCCGAGCGGAUCAUGCCACUAAUCCAGACAAUAUCAGCAAGCUUCGCAGUGAUAUCAUCUUCUGUGCUUGAGUUGUCCUGAGCAACAGAUGGUCUGAUACAAACGGGGGGUGCGGGUAGGAAUUGCCAGAUAAACAUCUCGGGUCGGCCUUCAGCAGGGUUGAGGCCAAGAAGUUCGCAAUCCGGAGCACUGAUCAUCUUAAAUAGGUUCAAAACUCGUAGCGGGUUAAGAUCUUCCAUAGCCCUACGCAAGUGCUUCUCAACUUCGGGGUUCUCUCGCUUCGCUUCGCUGAAGGAGUUGUCGAAGAUAAUUUUGCUGGCUGGCGGCUCCUUUUUAAUAGCGGUUGAUUUGUUAAAAGCAACAAACUUGUCGUGAACGAGCUUCAACACGCCAAUCUUUCGGAUCUGACCAUUUACCGACGAACAAUAAGGGCAGGUUCUUGCCUUCCUGCAUUGCUCAUUGAUUUUUUUGCGGAUCUGGGUGCGCCGCAAAUUAUCGAUAAAAGGCUUUCUCAAAUCGGCAAGGAAUUGUCGUCGUUCGGUUUCGGUAAGCAGUACACGUCCACAGUC